AUGAUCACCGCCCACGACUUUCCCAGCGCGCAUGUUGCCGAGCAUGCAGGCAUGGAUGUGAUAUUAGUUGGAGAUAGCUUGGCUAUGGUGGCCAUGGGGCUGGAUGACACGAGCAGCAUCGUAAUGGAAGAGAUGAUACUACACUGUCGAAGCGUUGCAAGAGGAGCUGCUGCUUCAUUCAUUGUAGGGGAUCUACCCAUGGGAAGCUAUGAAGUGUGCCCGGAACAAGCUCUACAGUCCGYGAUUCGUAUGGUCAAGGAGGGGCAUGUGCAUGCGAUCAAGCUCGAGGGAGGAAGUGAAAUGGCUCCGACUAUUGCCAAGAUCACCACGGCGGGUAUCCCAGUUCUUGCUCACAUUGGUUUGACGCCUCAGAGACAAAAUGCUCUUGGUGGGUUUCGCGUUCAGGGAAAGUCUGCAGGUGGUGCGUUGAAGGUUUUGCAGGACGCCAAAGCAGUGCAGGGAGCGGGAGCUUUCGCGACGGUGGUGGAAGCCGUGCCAGAGAGGGUAGCCACGCUCAUCACUGAAAGGCUUCGCAUUCCGACAAUUGGGAUUGGUGCUGGAAGUGGCUGCUCGGGUCAGGUGCUGGUGCAGGUUGACAUGUUAGGCAACUUUCCCCCGGGCAGGAAAGUUCCCAAGUUCGUGAAGAAGUUUGGCGAUGUCUGGGGCGAGGCGAGUCGUGCGAUUGAAGCAUACAGGGAUGAGGUGAAGAACAGGACUUAUCCCGCGCUGGAGCAUACUUAUGCCAUGAAGGAGGAGGAGCUCGCCGAGUUCGAGAGGCUUGUUGGCAACGUUGGAGGGGACAGUCCAGGUAGAAGGUAG